ACAAAUAUUCCAAGUAUGUGCAGACAGCGGAGAGGCGCACACACAGCAGCUGGGGGAGCUCAUACAGCGAGCUGCGGGGCUACAGCUUAGGGACGGGGAGAUAUGGAGCUCCGGCUGGGGAACGGAUGCUCGCACACAGCCCGCUGCUGCUGCUCCCGCUGAAUUUGCGGGGCACACAGGGGAAGGAAUGGCUGAUCCUCUGCGGAGGACUUUAUCCAAACUGCGGGGGAAGAGAUCCAAGAAGGGUCCGACAGGGGGACUCGAAGCGGAGUGUAACGGAGAAGGUAAAGAGCCAAGGGAGGCGAGCGACUUGGGGCGUAAAACAGGAACGCCCCGGGAGAGCUGUGAGAAAGUGGGGGGCUAUAGUGCAGACAGUGCUGGGGAAUGCAGACGGAAUGACAGGGGAUGCAAGGCAGGGGGCUGGUGUCCCCAUAAUCAUAAUAAUAAUAACCUCUCGCAUUCCAUGUGUGAAGCUGAUACUUCAAGACAUGCACAAGAGAGCAGCCAUAGUCCCAUUAAUAACGAUUUAGGGUACUGUCAAAAUGGGAUAUCUAGGGGGCCCUGGGCAAACCCACAGUCUAGGUCCUGUAAUGUUGUACAUAAUAGACAGGGAUCCUUUUCUUAUGGUCAGGUAGUACAGUCCCCUGGAAGUGCUUCUUAUUCCCAGUCUCCUGGGUUUGAAGAGCAGUGGACAUCUCCACAUAGUGCCCCAGCUCCUUCAUGUGCCAUAUCCUUCAGGUACCCUCAGGCUUCAGAGAUCAGAGCAUCCCCAGAGAUUAACACUGGCAAUGGAUCUCCUGCCUCUGCUGACUGCUACUCAGGUUUAUGGGGAGGUGGCAGAGCAUUCACCACAGAUGUCCACAUGCCAUCCAUUAAUUAUUCUGGGUCUGUUGCUGAUUCUUUUGGUAGGAGUAAUCAGAAUCACUCAGAAGACAGUGAAGAAGAUGACUAUUAUGAUAAUGAGAACUUGGUCUGUCGUGUUAAUGAGACUCAUUGUAAUCAUUUAUAUAUAGGAUCUAAUGUAGUGUGUCCAGGGACAUCACAGAUCCACAGGACAGAAACAUCCCAAGUUGUAGAUUAUGGGUACCAGCAGAGAAAGGCCAGGGUGGAUAUUUACAUGGAGACUGAUAGAUUGAGGUCUCAAUUACAAGAGGCAUAUUAUCUGCUUAUACAUGCUAUGCAUGACAUGCCUGUUGAAAAUCACUUAGAUAAAGUAGUCAUAAAGACAGAAAGGUGCCCCUCCAGCUCCCAGGAUAGCGUUUACUCCCAAUCUUCAGCCAGAGCUAUAGAAAGUGAUGUGUGGUCCUCAGAUGAAGCUAGUCCAAAGCAGUUGUCUCAUAGUGACUUAAUCUCUUUGAAUGCAUUAACUAGCAGUGAGAUUAACAGAUUAAAAAUUUAUAGUAAAAGUUUGGAUGCUAUAUGCACUUUGCCAGUACAUGUGGCCUUGCAAAAGUCUCAAAGUGAUACCCUUAUAAAAUAUAGCCCUAUCAGUAGUCAAGCAUCAUCUGAUUGUGAAUUUAACCAGAACCAUCAAGUUGCUGGGGAUAUGGACAAUGAGGGAGAUGGCAGCCCUCAGGUUGUGAUACAGACUGUCAAUUGGGGGAGCUCAGGGAGUAGAGAUGAGAUUAAGUCAAGUUACUCAAAUAAAGAGCCAAGUGACUGCAGUUAUAUGGUUACCAACUGCAAAGAUCCAACAGCUGUUACAAGUGGGAACCAUGGCACCUCACCAAAGUCACCAGGGCUAACUGUGAAGAAAAUGCAGAAAUGGAUGUACAAAGGACGCUUGUUAUCUUUGGAGAUGAAGGAACGCAUCACUGGAUCCUCUCAGAGAGCUGGUGGAUCCUGCAAGCCAGAAUCUAGCCAUGCGGGCAGCAGCAGCAGACCAGAGAUUCUUCAGACUAUUUCAAGAGCAACAGUGAAUGUGCCUGGCGAAAACCAGAGUCUCCUGCAGACAGAUUUGAUAGAAAAUGUUUAUGCUUCGUCAGUCAUCAGACGAGAACUUAAAGUCACCGAAGUCAACGAGCAGAAUCUGCAGAAAAACCACAUCACUGUAUCAAAAAAACGCAAUUGGUUAACUCAGAGUAGCUUCAAAUACCAACACCGGGAAGAAAAUCAUAGGUCAAAGAAAUUUCUUGGUAAAAAUCAAACUCCAAAUUCUUGCAGUUCAGGAGUUAAAGAACCUCAAACUCUAGUUUCUAAGGUGGCAAAAGAGACACAUAGCCGACCUCAAGGGACUUCCACUGAAACUGCCCUUUCUAGUCCUACGAGCCCCUCAUCCCUGUCCAACUGUGUCUCGGACGUAAGUGAGGAGAACGAUGCUGAUGAUGAAGGAGAAAUUUGGUACAAUCCCAUCCCUGAGGAUUAUGAUUCAUACCUAUGUAGAGAUCAGCCGUCUUCCCGAGCACCUACCGUUCCUGGAAGUGAUGCCCGGCAAUCACCGGUAUAUUCCGGCGGACUUCCACCUUCUGCUAUAAAUGCAGGCGCUAUGCAGACAUCUUCAUCAAGUGAGAUCAGUCAUGAAAAUUCCUCACAUUCCACUGACUACAGCAUACAGCUACAGAAGCAGAGGUUUGCGUGCAAGACUCAGAUGGGCUUAGCUGCCGAGGAAAAUAUAAGCCAUAAAUCUAACGAAGCAGGUCCUGUGGUCCAAAGUCCAAAUAAGACCACAUCUUCUGCAACAACUGAGUUUUCUCCUCCAUCCAGUCCAAACCCAUUAAAAAAAGGAGGAAGCAUUAAUUGGUCUCUUCCAGAUAAAAUUAAAUCCCCAAGGACGGUUCGAAAGCUGUCAAUGAAAAUGAAAAAGCUACCAGAACUCAGCAGGAAGUUGAGUGUCAAAGGGACAUCCAACAAUGUCAACUCUGACAACUCUGCUUCCACAUCAAAAGGUAACUGUCGGGAUAUAAGCCGUGCUCGAUCUCUUACAUCCUCUGGAAAUACAACCACUGCAGCAAGUCGAAAUGUAAUAAGCCGAUACCACCUUGAUAGCAGUGUAUCAUCACAGCAGAGUUACAAAAAGAAAAAUUCAGGCAGUUCCAAAUCUUCAAGUAAAGGGGGGUAUCUCAGCGAUGGUGACUCGCCUGAACUUAUUGCAAAGUCAGGUAAACAUGGGUCAGAGAAUAGGUCCACAAAGGGAAAAGAAGCACUUCCAGGCAACAAUACAAAGACAGAAAUAGACAUUGAUGCUUUUCGGCACUAUAGCUUUUCAGAUCAACCCAAGUGUUUCCAGUACAUAUCAGGACUCAUGAGUGUCCAUUUUUAUGGAGCAGAGGAUUUAAAACCACCACGAAUAGACUCAAAAGAUGUAUUUUGUGCAAUCCAGGUAGAUUCAGUAAACAAAGCACGAACAGCUCUACUAACGUGUCGAACUGCUUUCUUAGACAUGGACCAUACCUUUAAUAUUGAACUUGAAAACGCACAGCACUUGAAGUUAGUGGUGUUUAGCUGGGAUCCAACGCCACGUAAGAACAGAGUUUGCUGCCACGGAACAGUAGUUCUACCUGCACUUUUUAGAGUAACAAAGACUCAUCAGCUGGCUGUUAAAUUGGAGCCCAGGGGGAUGAUCUAUGUUAAGCUAAACCUUCUGGAACAAUGGGAGAACUCUUUAGACAGGCUCGGGAUUGAUCGGGAGCCCGUUGUUUUUGGAGUUGAUGCUCAAAAAGUUGUUGAGAAAGAAAACGUGGGAUUAAUGGUACCUCUCCUGAUGGAAAAGUGCAUUGUGGAGAUUGAAAAUCGAGGCUGUCAGGUUGUGGGUCUUUAUCGCUUAUGUGGCUCCGCUGCUGUGAAGAAGGAGCUCAGAGAGGCGUUUGAGAGGGACAGCAAGGCAGUGAAUCUGUGUGAGAGCCAGUACCCAGACAUAAAUGUUAUAACAGGUGUUUUAAAGGAUUAUUUAAGAGAACUGCCUUCCCCUUUGAUUACAAAGCAGUUAUAUGAAGCAGUGUUAAAUGCCAUGGCUGAGAAACCCCUAAGAAUGAUCGGAAGUGGUUGCGAAAAUGACAGCAGGGACUCGGGGCACACCGUGGGACUUCUUGACUGUUUGCCGGAUGUGGAGAGGGCAACACUGAAGAUGCUGUUGGACCACUUGAAGUUGGUGGCCUCGUACCAUGAAGUGAAUAAGAUGACCUGUCAAAAUUUAGCUGUUUGCUUUGGGCCUGUCCUGUUGAGCCAAAGGCAAGAAACGUCCAACCAUAAUAACAGAGUGUUCAUCGACUCUGAAGAACUUGCUAGUGCCUUGGACUUUAAAAAACACAUUGAAGUGCUCCACUAUUUGCUGCAGCUUUGGCCAGUUAAAAACACAUCGUCCAAAGAAUCCGAAAUAAACUGCUUGGUGACCAAACAGCAACAACCAUGCUUGAGAAGGAAGAAGCAGCGCCCACAGAUGCUCAACUUGAGCUCCACCGAAAUGUCCGGUGUGCUGAGGCCAAGGGUCGCCCGACUGGACAGUCCCUCGAGUAACCGAUACGCGGGAGACUGGAGCAGCUGUGGAGACAGCUAUUUCGUUACCUCAAAGGAGGAGGCAGAUGAUGACGAUGUUCCUUCUGAGGACGCUGACAGAAGAGUUUAUAGCGUCAGGACAGAAACGCACAUUGUAAAUCAGUAUCUUAUAUCCAAAGAACUCAAUUCCUUUCUAACAAUGGAGGAAACAGACCUGUCCGAGGGAAUGGGUGCACAUCUUCAUGACCUUCAGGAAAGCAUUGACACGCUCAUAGGAAACCUUGAGAAAGAACUGAACAAAAGUAAAGUACAGUUGUAACCUGAAAGAAAAUGUAAACGCUACUCGUACCCUCCAAAAUAACUGUGCAGCAGCUGUCUGCAUCUGCUUUUGCUUCGUCAUGUGAUGACAUUGUAGUAUAACUGUUUCUUCUUAUUAGAAGAAUAUUUUUGAUUUAACCCUUUUGGGUAUAUUUUUUGCCUUAAACAUUCUCAUACUGUGCACCCUACAGAGGCUUUGCUUCACGGUACAAUGGGGACUAUAAGACUUUAAGUGCACUUAAGCUUUUUACAUUGUGUAUUUGAACAGUUGCUAUAGCCAUUCUUUCUGGGAUGAGUUGAUACACAGGAUAGCAUUUCUUUAAUUAAUAAAAAAAAAAAAAAAGAGAGAAACAAAACAAUAUGCAUUGGUUGGCAAAUAUUUCCUUAAAGGGACAAUAAACCCAAUUUUUUUCUUUCAUGAUUCAGAUAGAGAACAUUUUAAACAACAUUCCAAUUUUCUUCUAUUAUCUGCUUUGCUUAGCUCUUUAGAUAUCCUUUGUUGAAGAAAUAGCAAUGCACAUGGGUGAGCCAAUCACUUGAGGCAUCUAUGUGCAGCAACCAAUCAGCAGCUACUAAGCCUAUCUAGAUAUGCUUUUCAACAAAUGAUAUCAAGAAAAAUGAAGCAAAUUAGAUAAUAGAAGUAAAUUAGAAAGUUGUUUAAAAUGGCAUGCUCUAUCUAAAUCAUGAAAGAAAAAUUUUUGGUUUCAUGUCCCUUUAAGAUUGACAGUGGGUUCCAAGCCAAUAAAGCAAUUGCUAUUUUUUUUCUUGUAAAUUUGCAAAGCAAAAGCUGAUUUUUAUUUUAAAUAUUCCUUCCCUGCAAUUUAGGAUAAGCAAUCACAUUGUAGAGCAAUGUGUUACUGGUCAGGAAAAGGAGGAAAACGUCAUGGACAAAUACAAAAAGUAUUGUGUUUAUUCUAACAGUCAUUAUUUAAAUAUUCUUAAAAGUUCAUCCUAUUUUUCUUACACUACAUUUUGUAUCCAGUGUAUUAAAGCUUCAUGUUUUUUUAUGUCUAUAGAAUCUAUUGAGGAAACAGUACUAGCUUACUGAUAAUUAUGUAAUACGUACUAUAUACGUUACAGAGCCAGUCAUAGAUCCUUUCCCCCCCCCAAAGGAUUGGUUCAUUGUAUAUCAUCAUAUGAAGGUUAGAAAUGUUAUUUUAGAACACACUUGCAUGUAAUCUUUCUCUUGCUCACUAAUUUUAUAUAUAUAUACAUUCACACACUCACACCACACACACUCACACCACACACACUCACACCACACACACUCACACACACACACUCACAUACACACACACUCACAUACACACUCACACCACACACACUCACAUACAUAUACACUCACACACAAACUCCUCUUCAUGUACUACUCAGAGCCUAAACUGCUUUAUUUUAAAAACUGAGUUUUUUCAGCGGAAACUACAUAUGGCCACCUAAACAGCUUGUCUAUAAAAUCUUCCUUUUCAUACGUUGCUGUAGUGCACUAUGGAACUCUGGGAUAGUGACUGGUUUUCAGUGCUUGUAUGCAAAUGAGAACAUCGAAUAUAUACUUUUUUUUUUUUUUUAACACAUGACCAGUUGUAUAGUGCCUGUUAUCAUUUGGAGACGGCAUUGGGCAUCGAAGGGUAUAGUGAAUAAAAAAGAAAAGAAAUUAGUCAUGCAUCAAAUGGUAAAGGGAAACAAAUCAGUGACAUAUGCUGGUGUACCGUGCACACAGCAGUAUUUUUACUAGACACCAUAGCCUUUGGGCAGGAGAACACCUGUUGACAAGUGAAAGAAUUAUUGGAUGUCACCGUCUGACUUGCACCCAACCUCUACUGACUCAAGUGUCUGCAUUGCUGCUCUUGCAUGGAAAACCCUUUACAAAUAGGGAAAAAGUAAACUUUAUGGUAUUUUAAUAUCAUCUAUUCUAAUCUAUAACUUGCCUGUUUAUAUAGAAGGCUUUGUGUUCUAAAGUAGUGUUAUCCUUUUAAGUAUUCUAUCUAUAUAAAAAGCAUUUUCAAACUGACAGUGUCAACUUGUCAAAAAAAUUAUAAUAAUAAUUUCCUGUGUAUAUGUUUCCAAAUUUUUGAUGGAUUUCUGUUACAUCAACUGUUACGUCAUACAUCUACAAACAUGCAAUCAUUUAGAGAAAUCACAGGGCACUACCUCAUAGACAAGUGACAAAUACGUGUCUAUACCUUUUUUUCCUUUAGAUCUGUGAACCUAAAUUCGUCUUUAGUACAAUAUAUUCUUCAUUCCUUCAGUUUCUAAAAUAAAGCAGUUCUUGCGCUCUUGUGACUAAGGUUAUUUUCCACACUUGCCCACAUGUCUAAAGACAGUAAGAGAGGGGUAGCCAACGUACCUUGUAUAUUUUGUAUGUAGGAUUUCUUCAUUCUGUAAUACGGUACAGAGAGUUACAGUUACAAAGCUUUUUUUUUGUGUGAAUGUUUUUGCAAAGGUAAACUUGCAAUUUUUUUCAAUAUUGUAAACCAGGAUAUGCAAAUUAAUAAUGAAAUAUAAUAUUGUAAAUAUAUCCAUAUAAGUGUAUCACUUAUUUUCUAGGUACCUGACUUCAUAUAAAAUGGUAUGUAUAAAGAAUCUAAAUAGAAUUUGACAACAUAAUAAAGUGGCUAUUUAAAUAUUGUAUAGAAAGGUUUUGGUUUAAUGUACUUUCUGAUGAAAACGAGGAACUGUAUGAUUUAAUGUUGUAAAUACUCUGAAUUUGAAAGUGCACUCCCAUCUGGCGGUAUAACAAAUGGCAGCUUAUAUUGUACUUGUGGAAAACAGAUGUACAUAUACCCCCAAAAAUAUUGUUUAUUGUGCAAGUCACUUGUGUCAAUAUACAAUCCUAAAAUAGGAAGAGUGUUACCAUCUCUUAGUAAGGGCUGUUUGGUUACGGUAUAGAUGCACCUGUAUAGAUACUGGUGUUAACCACCAUUAUCAAACAGUCAAUAUUUGUAGGAAGGUGCAAUGUAUUAGAAAAUUGUGUGCUAUAUAAUUAGUAUGUAGCAUUAAAAUUGAAUAGUUUCAUAAAGUCCCUGAGUGUGAUUUAUAAUAGACCUAUUUUAAUAUCUAGAUCUAAAAGAAGGCAUCUACUUAAUUAAAGGGACAUAGUACUUAUAUGCUAAAUCACUUGAAAGUGAUGCAGUAUAACUGUAAAAAGCUGAAUCACCUGAGAAUCUCUAUAUAAAAAAGGAAUAUAUAUUAUCUCAAAAUUUCUUCAGCUCACAAUAGUAAGUGCUCAGUGAACUGUUAUCCUUAAGCUACUGUCCAGCUUUCACUAAAAUCUCACAACAUUUUAUAGUAAACUUCCUUAAAGGGACAUUACACAGUAAAUAAAUGCUAUAUAAAAUAAUGCAUUCAAAGAAAAAAACUGACUGAGAAUAACACGUAGAUGUGUAUUUUAAAGUUGCAUUAGUGGUUUAAAUAUUGACAAAAUAAGUGUAAACUUUUAGUGUCUAUAAAGCAACGGGAGCUGCCAUGUUGUAACUUAAGUUACCUUCUCUGCUGUGGCCAAUUAGGGACAGUUAUAAAUAGGUCACUAGAGUGUGCAGCCAAUGGCUGUGUGGGAUAUAACAGUGUUCUGCAUUUCCAUUUCUAACAGGAACUGAAAAGCUCACAUGUUUCAGAAUGAAAUUACAGGAAAAUGGGACAAAAUAAUAAAUAUAUAUAUAUAUAUAUAUAUAUAUAUAUAUAUAUACACACAUACAGCCUUUUACAGAUAUGCUGCAUCACCUUCAAGUACUUUUAACAUUUGGGUAUCAUGUCCCUUUAAGUACUGCACUCUCAUAUUACUAAUGAUUGUAGAUUUAGUCUGCUCUUGAAUCCUAGGCCCUACUCUGUAUAUAAAUGGCUAUGAAUAGUAUCUUCUGCUUUAUAAUUCCCAUAAAAGGGAGUAAAAUGGAAACCAUUUGGAGUGAAUUAUGAACGAAACUUAUACAGCUAAAUGGGACUAAACUUUUAAACCAUUAUUUUAUCUUCUGCCUGGGUUUCAACACAUUUCAUAGCAGUGUGUGGUAGAUCCCUCCUGCACCAAAGGAGUUAAGAUAUAUAUAUAUAUUUUAAAACUUAACUCUGUCUAUUUUUGUACGUAAUUGUAAACAAUAUUUUUUAAAACGGCUGUUGCCAUUUUAUAAAAAAAAAAAAAAAAGACUGAAGUUUUUAUGUUUGGUUGUGUAACCUAUUUACAUACAUUGUAUUAUUCUAAUGUUAAUUAAAUUGCAUUACAUUCUAAUUCACAUAAACUGGUAAAAUAGCUCAGAUUAUUUUGUUUACACAAUACAAUGUGAACUCAAUUGUGUUAUUGACAUAUAAAACCUCCUGCUAUAUUAAAUGCUUCAUGAAAUGUAUUUUAUACAUUGUAAUUUAUAUAUAUAUAAAUAUAUUCUUGUAUUAUGCUUCUGUUACAUUCAAACACAAAUUCUGUUAAACUAUUAAAUAUCUGCUUUUGUUUGUUUUUAUUUGGGUCAGGGUAACUAUUUAUAAAAAACGAACAGUAGAAUUUCUUUGCAUUUCGUACAACCCAGCCCUACAUAGGGCUCGAGAAGGUUUCCCCAAUAAAUGUAUGGAAUCCAAAAUGUUUCUUUCGUGAUUCGGCUAAACCAGUCAAUUAAAAAAAAUCUGGUUUACUUUUAUUAUCAAA